CACGACUUCCGGCGGCGGCGCGGCCCGUGCUGUGUCAGGUCGGCGGUGCCGCCAUGGCGGGUGAGGGCAGCACGUUCCGGCUGCGCUGCUCCCUGCUGGGGCACGGGCAGGACGUGCGGGGCCUCACCCGUGGCCUCUUUCCGGAAGGGAGCUUCGUGUCCGUCUCGCGGGACAGAACCGCGCGGCUCUGGGCCCCUGACGGUCUUAACAGGGGUUUUACUGAGAUGCACUGUAUGAGUGGCCACUCAAAUUUUGUAUCUUGCGUGUGCAUCAUACCUCCAAGUGACCUCUAUCCUCGUGGGCUCAUUGCAACUGGUGGCAAUGAUCAUAAUAUUUGCAUUUUCACAGUUGACAGCCCAGCUCCUCUUUACAUCCUUAAGGGUCAUAAAAACACAGUUUGCAGCCUCUCAUCUGGGAAAUUUGGCACAUUAUUAAGUGGAUCAUGGGAUACAACAGCAAAAGUCUGGUUGAAUGACAGAUGUAUGAUGACAUUACAGGGUCACACAGCUGCAAUAUGGGCUGUGAAGAUACUUCCUGAACAGGGAUUAAUGUUGACUGGUUCAGCUGACAAAACUAUAAAACUAUGGAAGGCAGGCAGAUGUGAAAGAACAUUCACUGGGCAUGAAGAUUGUGUGAGAGGUUUAGCUAUUCUCAGUGAAAUGGAGUUCCUUUCCUGUGCUAAUGAUGCUAGUGUUCGAAGAUGGCAGAUCUCUGGCGAAUGUCUGCAGGUGUAUUAUGGACAUACAAAUUACAUAUACAGCAUUUCUGUCUUCCCUCGAUGUAAAGAUUUUGUAACAACUGGAGAGGAUAGAUCUCUUAGAAUCUGGAAACAAGGGGAAUGUGCUCAAACAAUCAGACUCCCAGCUCAGUCUGUAUGGUGCUGCUGUGUCUUAGACAAUGGUGACAUCGUAGUUGGUGCAAGUGAUGGAAUUAUAAGGGUGUUUACAGAGUCCUUGGAACGUACAGCAAGUGCAGAGGAGAUUCAAGCUUUUGAAAAUGAGCUUGCUCAAGCAUCCAUUGACCCUAAAACUGGUGAUUUAGGAGAUAUCAAUGCUGAUGACCUUCCUGGAAGAGAACACCUUAAGGAUCCUGGAACAAGAGAUGGACAGACACGGCUUAUUAAAGAUAAUGGGAAAGUAGAAGCAUAUCAAUGGAGUGUUAGUGAAGGAAGAUGGAUAAAGAUUGGUGAUGUUGUUGGUUCUUCUGGAGCAACACAACAAACAUCUGGAAAAGUUUUAUUUGAAGGAAAGGAAUAUGACUAUGUUUUCACCAUUGAUGUAAAUGAAAAUGGGCCUUCCUACAAACUGCCAUAUAACAUCACUGAUGAUCCUUGGCUGACUGCAUACAACUUCUUGCAAAAGAAUGAUCUAAAUCCUAUGUUUCUGGAUCAGGUGGCCAAGUUUAUUAUGGACAACACUAAGGGACAAACACUGUUGAGUACAAGUAAUCAAUUUUCAGAUCCAUUUACAGGUGCUGGACGUUAUGUUCCAGGCUCUUCAUCUGGAUCGAGUACAAUACCUGGAGCAGACCCAUUUACAGGUGCUGGUCGCUAUGUUCCUGGUUCAGCAUCAAACACAGUACCUCCAGUGGGCGGGGUUGAUCCAUUUACGGGAAUGGAUGCCUACCAGUCAGCUGCAGCUAAAGUUGAAAAUAUUUAUUUUCCGAAGAAGGAUGCUGUCACCUUUGACCAGGCCAAUCCUACACAGAUACUGGGCAAAUUAAAGGAACUUAAUGGCAGUGCAGCUGAAGAACAUAAGCUUACUGAAGAUGACUUGAUAAUCCUAGAAAAGUUACUGUCUGCAACAUGCAAUACCUCUACAGAAACACCUACGGCACAGCAACUUCAGACUUUAUGGAGAGCAAUUAACUGGCCAGAAGAUAUUGUCUUUCCAGCUCUAGACAUUCUUAGAUUGUCUGUCAGGCAUCCCACUGUGAAUGAAAACUUCUGCAGUGAAAAGGAGCAUGUACAGUUUAUCAUCCUUCUUCUUAAAUUUCUGAAUCCUAAAGGCAAACAAGCAAACCAGCUGUUGGCACUUAGAGCUCUUUGCAAUUGUUUUGUCAGCCAUGCAGGCCAGAAGCUUAUGAUGGAACAGAGGGAUGAAAUAAUGACACAAGCAAUAGAAACGAAAUCAGGCAAUAAUAAGAACAUCCACAUUGCACUGGCCACACUGACAUUGAACUACGCUGUAUGUUUACAUAAAGUCAACAACGUUGAGGGCAAAGCUCAAUGUUUAUCAGUAAUCAGCACAGUUAUGGAAGUUGUUCAAGAUCUUGAAGCCAUUUUUAGACUGCUUGUGGCUCUUGGGACGCUAAUCAGUGAUGAUACAAAUGCUGUGCAAUUAGCUAAGUCUCUGGGAGUUGAUUCUCAAAUAAAAAAGUAUGCCUCUGUAUCAGAACCAGCUAAAGUAAAAGAAUGCUGUAGGUUUGUUCUUAAUCUGUUAUAAUAAUUUUUUCUUAGCACUUGGAAGACAGUGUAUGCAGAAAAAAGAUGCUUUUGCUCAUAUUUUAUGACAGACUAUACUUGGGGAAAAUACUGUGGAUUAAUUACACUUUACUUGUUGCAAGACACAGAGCAAAUAAAACUUUUUUCACUGUU